AUGUUUUUAAAUAUUUGUCAGAAUCUGUGUUUAACACCGCUUCCUCAUAUAACCGUAAUAAUGAAGCGAGUGGGUUGAAAAUUAGAAGAGUUUAAGUUGAAAGGCAUUAAUUACACCACAAACAAAUUAUCCAAACUUGCCUGUAUAAAGGUUGUGUAGCGUUUGAUUAACUUAAAAAAAAAGAGCUGUUACACGUCGAUUAUCAAUCAAUAUGUAUUGCUUGAUUAACGUCCUAUUAUCCGCCGCUAUUCUGCCAUUUAUAUUAUGCACUGACAGUAAUUUUGACAAGCAAUGUGGAAAUGCAGUUGGAUGUUUCCGUUUACCAGCAAACUGUAAAGCAAAAGAUUGCGACGUUUUAAUUACGUACUCCUACGCUAAAAAAUAUGACCUUUUUGACAUAACAAUUUCAACCAAUCAUAAAUGGGCUGGAUUUGCUUUGGGAGAUGAACUUUAUGAAGAAGAAAUGAUUGGCAUAAAAGGCGAAGUAUGCUUUGAAAAAAAUGGUAUUGUUCAUUUAGUAAGCUUAAGCGCGACAAAAAAUGGAUCUCCUGAUUUCAAAUCAACUCCAAGUGAAGUGGUCAAAUUAUCAGCAAUAAAAACAAAAAAAGGAGGUAUUUUGUGUAGAUAUAGAAGAAGCGCUAAAAGUGCAAACAAAUUCUUAACCUCACUUGAAUCAAAAGUUUAUGCUUUUUAUGCAUUUGGCGAUAAGAUUCAGAAUAAUGGUUUCCCUGCCUAUCAUGGCUACGGAAGUGCUGGUCACACUGUUAAAGCAACAAAUUUGAAAAAAGUCAUGCUUCAUUGAUGAAUAAUGUUUUUAAAGAAUAUAUCUUUUUACAGUAAAA